AUGUCAGAGAAACAAGUUGCGACUCAGCGAGAGCAAGGCGGGCACCACUUCCCAAUUUCCAAUAACAUUCCUUCAAGUCAGAGCCAUGAUGCAGAAACGGAUACAGGGAGAGCCCCCACAGCCCGAACCUCAAGGAGCAACAACGGAAUUAAUUCGCAUCUCAACCUAGUCAUUGAUCCGCCGCCGGAUGGAGGUUUAAGAGCAUGGAUGGUCGUACUGGGCACGUUUCUUGCCACGAUGAACACCUGGGGUGUCGCAAACUCGUUUGGUGUCUUCCAGCCGUACUUUACCUCCCUCUUCUCCCGGUCGCCGUCUGAUGUUUCUUGGAUCGGCUCUUUCGAAGUCUUCCUCCUUUUCUUUGUGGGAACAUUUACAGGACGCUGGACAGACAUGGGCUACUUCCGAGCCCUCUUUGUCGCCGGCUUCAUGCUGGUUGUCCUCGGAAUGUUGGCAGCCUCGUUCUGCACUACCUAUUGGCAGUUUUUCCUCGCCCAGGGCAUUUGCCUGGGCCUCGGAAACGGGUGCCUCUUUUGCCCCUGCAUGGCUGUCACGUCGACGUAUUUUGCGAAACGCCGCUCGCUGGCGUUCGGUAUCACUGCGGCGGGGGCUGUCGCUGGCGGGCUGGCCUUUCCAAGCAUGGUUCGACAAUUGCUGCCACAGAUCGGCCUGGGUUGGACAAUCCGUUCGAUAGCAUUGAUACAACUGGUGACUCUGGUCAUGGCUGGACUUCUUAUGAAGACCCGGAUCCCACCCCGAAGAGCUGCACCGCUGGUAGAAUGGGCGGCGUUCAAAGAGUCUGAGUACAGCUUCUAUGCUGCUGGAGCUUUCAUGUGCUUCUGGGGAACGUACUUUGCAUUUCACUAUCUUGCUGCGUUCUCACGCGACAUCAUGGGACUAUCCUAUACGGAAUCACUAGAUCUUCUGCUUGUCCUCAAUGGCGUGGGCGCGAUUGGUCGCAUUAUCCCAGCUCAAAUCGGCGACGUCAUUGGUACGAUCAACAUCUUUGCGCCCAUGGCUCUCAUGACCGGUACCAUCAUGUAUUGCUGGGCCGGUGUUCACAGCAUCACCGGGCUGUACUUUUGGUCAGUGUUUUAUGGGAUCUCCGUUGGAGGCGUUCAGUCGCUGUUUCCGUCAGUGCUCAGCAGUUUGACUACAGAUCCGCAAAAGCAGGGGACGAGGAUGGGCAUGGUCUUUACCGUGGUGAGUUUCGCGUCACUGACCGGAUCACCGAUUGCUGGAGCCAUUAUCGACGCCAUGGGAGGUAGAUACGCCGGAGCCCAGGCUUUUGCCGGCAGCUGCAUGAUUCUGGGAAUGAUCUUUGUUCUUUCGGCGAGAGUUUGCAAGACUCGAAAAAUGGGGGUUGGUGCUUUUGCUUGGAUUAAGGUCUGA